AUGGCUAUUCCCAAAAGCAAAAAGAACGUCGGUCUCGGCCAGGCAAUCAUCAAGGCCCGUUUCAAGGGCCGCAGCAGACCAAAAGACGGCGACGAGCGCCUUCACUCGGCUGAUGUUGAUGAUGGUGGAAGCUGGACCCGUCUCCAGUCGGUCACCCAGGAGGGUGAUCUGGAGUCGUUCUUGAGCACUGCUGCUUUGGCAGGCACAGAGUUCACAGCUGAAAAACUCAACAUCAAGGUCGUGUCGGACCAUUACGAGAACCCCUUCAUGCUCUCAGCCGACAAGGAGAAAGAAACCCUCGCCAAGCACACAGAGUUCAAGUCCGAACUGACCGUUCCCCGUCGCCCCCACUGGGACGAGACCACCACCGGUCCCGAAUUGCAGAGGAUGGAGCGCAACUCUUUUCUGGAUUGGCGUCGUAACCUGGCGACUUUGGCCGAGCGUGAAAGCUUGUUGUUGACCCCCUUCGAGCGCAACAUCGAGGUCUGGCGUCAGCUCUGGCGUGUCAUUGAGCGUUCGCAUUUGAUUGUCCAGAUUGUCGAUGCCAGGAACCCGCUCUUUUUCCGGUCGACGGAUUUGGAGACUUAUGUGACCGAGGUUGACCCCCGCAAGCGGAAUUUGCUCUUGAUUAACAAGGCGGAUUACUUGACUGUUAAGCAGAGAAAGCGCUGGGCGGAUUACUUUGACAAGGAGGGCAUUCGUUAUACUUUCUUCUCGGCUGCUUUGGCCAAGGAGAAGCAGGAGAAGGAGCAGGCCGAAAGGGACCGUUUGGAAGCUUUGGCUCAGGAGUUGGCCGAGAUGCGCGCUAACAACUCUGAUUACACUGAGGACGAGGAGGAAGAAGAAGAGGAGGAAGAAGAAGAAGAAGAGGAGGAGGUCAAGGAGACAAAGACCGAGGCUGCUACCACCCCUGCCUCCGUCAACGCCAAGGAGACCGCCGAGGCUUCAUCGUCCAGCAACCAGGAGACCAAAGAGGUUCAGGAUGCUCAGGAGUCAGAGGAAGAGUCUGAGGAAGAGUCUGAGUCCGAGGAUGACGAGGAUGAGGCUAAGCCCAACAAGACUCACUCUCACUGGAAGGCCAUCAAGGAGACCGAGAAGGACGAUGAUCGUACCCGCAUCCGCGACACCAAGGAUCUCUAUGAGCUCUUGGUCCAGGAGGCCCCCAUCAUCAAUGAUCCUAGAGACCCACUGAAGGGAAUCACGUCGAUCGGUCUCGUCGGAUACCCCAACGUCGGAAAGUCCUCGACCAUUAACGCCCUCCUGGGCGAGCACGCCGUAUCCGUCUCGGCAACCCCCGGAAAGACCAAGCAUUUCCAGACUAUUCACUUGACGCCCAAGAUGAUCCUCUGUGAUUGUCCCGGUCUCGUCUUCCCUUCCUUUGCGACCACCCAGGGAGACAUGGUCUGUAACGGCGUCUUGCCCAUUGAUCAGCUCCGUGAGUUUACGGGAUCUGUAGGUUUGAUCGGAAAGAGGAUUCCAAAGGAUGUUCUGGAGGCGAUUUAUGGUAUCAAGAUUGCGGUCUUGAGCGAGGAGGAGGGAGGAUCGGGCUUGCCUACGGCGGAAGAGUUCUUGAUUGCUUAUGCUGUUGCCCGUGGUUUUACCAAGGCUGGUCAGGGUAACCCUGAUGAGUCUCGUGCGGCUCGUUACAUCCUCAAGGACUACGUCAACGGCAAGUUGUUGUACUGCGCUCCCCCACCAGGAAUCGAAUCCCCAGAAUUCAACGCCGAACACAACCAACUCGACCGGUUCAAGAAGCGCAAAGCCGCACCCACCCGUCGUCUUCCAGCCUCGGCCUCGACCUACAUCAACAUGAACUCUAUCACGCCUCUUACCCAUACUGGUUCGGGAACCGGAAAGACUGUAGCGGUCGACACAUCGUUCUUCCAACCUACCCGCAAGACGACCUACUUGCCUAGGGUCACUGGAAAGACUGCGAUUGAUAUCUCGGAGGGUAUGCAGCGCGUCCAGAUGUACCCUCAUCAGCAGCGGACUGAUAACCAGGGCGGAUAUGUGAGCAGGAAGCAGAGGAUGCAGGGUGUUAGAGAUGGCUUGUUGGAUCUAGGAGUUGAAGAUGUUGCCGGUGCAUUGGGAAAUAAGAAGCAUAAGAAGGGUAAGAAGAACAUUAAGCAGCGCUCUGGUGCUGGUAUCUUCUAA